GUAAAUCCUGUCCACGUUUGAUCCUGAUUUUCUCUCAGAAACCGGGACCCGGCUGCCCGGAUCAGACCUGCUGUGAAACUUCUCCUAGACUUUUAAUGAGGGGAAAAACGUUUUCUUAAAGUCUUGGAGACAGAUUAUUUUGGUGAGAGCUCGCACUUUAUUCACAGGAGGAAAAACGGAUUUCAAAGGGUUUUUUGUCCCCGUUGUACGACUGAAGGCGCAGUUUCACCCGGCAAGACCGAGAGACUGAUAUCGAUGAUAAAAACAAGCUGAUUGGUUGGUCAGAGGGGUUGAGCGACAGCCGGAGGUGUGUCAACGAUGGGCCGUAAGUUAGAUCUGUCGGGACUAACGGACCACGAGGCGGAUCAUGUGCUGCAGGUGGUGCAGAGGGACAUGAGGCUACGCAAGAAUGAGGAGGAGCGUCUCAGUGAACUGAAGCAGGAGCUGGACGAGGAGGGCAGUCGCUGCCUCCUGCUGUCACGGCAGAGUUGCUUCAACCAGCGCUGCUGCAUCCGCUGCUGCUCGCCCUUCACCUUCCUGCUCAACCCCAAGCGCCAGUGCCGCGACUGUCGCUACAACGUCUGCAAGGCCUGCCGGGUCUACAACAAGCAGGACAAAGCGUGGCUCUGCUCCGCCUGCCAGAAGAGCAGGUUGUUGAAGACACAGUCACUCGAGUGGUUCUACACUAAUGUGAAGAAGCGCUUCAAGAGGUUCGGCAGCGCCAAAGUGCUGAAGACUCUUUACAGGAAGCACCUGGCGGGGCACAGUGCGCUUUCAGAUCUUACUGAGGGCAGCGCCUACGAGGAGAGUAUCUGCAAUGAGGGCAGCGUCUGUGGGAGCGACUCAGCCUUCUACAGACAAACUGAAGAGCACAGCAUGGCAGAGACACUCACUGUGGCCUUGCGGGUGGCAGAGGAGGCCAUAGAUGAGGCCAUUUCCAAGGCUGAGUUUGACACCGCCAAUGAGGAGAAGCAGAAUGAGGCGCACUAUCUGCGGGAGCACAGAGGAGAGCUUAUUGAGGAACUGGCCAAAACUAUUGUGCAGAAAAUUAUUAGUAGGAAGAAGACUUUGACUGAGAUGAAGGCAGAAUAUGACCGUGAUUGGCCUCUUGAACAGAACACUGACCUUCAUCAUCAUCAGUCCGCCUCUGAUCAAGCCUCUAGAUCCCUUAAACACCAACCAAACCUCUGGAGGUCACACUCUGCAUUCUCACUGUUGGACAAUGACACUCGAGGUCUGAUACAAGACUCGUCUCUACAGGCCUUAAAGAAGGAAGGAGGUGCGUCCGCUAUGUCAACCUGGAAGAGUGUAGACCGGCUGGAAAACGCUGGUGUGUCCUCAGUGCUGAAGAGCCCCGACGGGAACUGGAUCGCCCUACAGAGCGCCCAGCUGUCACGUCCCAGCCUGUUGACCAAAAGGAAGAGCCUGGUCUUCAGUGCCUUGGAGAAGGAGUCCGAAGUGGUGUCUGCCUACGAAGGCAUGGGCUCUGACAACGAAACCAGACCCGAGGCCGACACCUCCUGGAGUGCCGCCCUCCAGCAGUUCCACAAGAAGAUGAAUGAUUCUAACUUCAACCCGCAGGACUCUGACGACAGGACCCCGACCCCGCCGAUGGACCGCCGAGGCAGCGAGGACUAUCUGUUUGCAGACUAUGAGGGGAACUGGAAGCCUAAUAAACCUCUGCUGGCCCUCUUCAGGAAGAAGGUGCCCGCGGAGAUCCGGCGACCUUCAUCAGCCCCAAGGACAAGCAUCAUUGACAUGAACUUUAACGUAGAUGGAGCUGGCGAGGAAGAGGAGGAGAACAAGGUGGUUGCAGAGCCGGAAGUGGAAAAAGUCAAAAGAUCGCGGAAGAAAAGGAAGAGUAAAAAAGAGUCUUCUUCUUCUGUGAUGGAUUACAGUAAAAAAGACAACCCCUCUGAUGCUGUGACCCCUGACACUUUGACCUCUGAAACCCCGUCCCUUGAACCUUUUGACCUUGAGAGUGAUGUCACCGGACACAGAGCCAAUCAGACGGACCGGGAGCUUACGUUAAAACUACAACUAGCAGGCCGAGUUACUGACUGCUCUACUGGAGAAGAAGAAGUCGAUGGAGCGAGGGAUGCUGGUAGUGAUGGACAGACGGAGGAAAAGAGACACGGAAGCGAGGACAGACAUGAAGACGACGAGAGGCUGUGGAGCAUGGAGAUCGACUUGGAUGAAGGAAGAACGGAGGAGGAGAAAGAAGAAGAAGAUGAUGAAGAAGAGAUGAAAGACAGAUUAUACAUGCUUGUCGCACAGUCCAGACUCACAUACUUCUCCUCCACCGAUGAUGAGUUAGACAAAGUGGGUCAGAGUGAGGAAGAAUGGGAGGCAGGUAACGGUGAAGAUGAAGAGGAGGAGGAGGAGGAGGAAACGACGGACAGACUUGCUUCUAAACUCUGUCAGCUGGAAAGAGAAGUGAGAGCGAACCAGUUCUCCUCCACAGAGGAUGAGCUGGACAGAGUUGGCGUCAUGGAUGAGGAGAAUCACACAGGAGAGGAGGAGGAGGAGGAGGAGGAUGGGAAGAAUGAGGAGCUGGCGGUGAAAGUGUGCAGAUUAGCUAGCCAAGUCAACGCCACCCAAUUCUCCUCCACGGAGGAUGAGUUGGACAGAGCAGGUCGAGGUGAAGAGCGGGAGGAGCCGACAGACGGAGAGACACUGUGGAAACUGCAGGCAGAAAAAGCCGUCCACGCUGCUCAACUGCGAGAUUUGUCCAGUCUAGUCAGCUCUUCUCCGUUUUCUUCCGCUGAGGAUGAGCUGGAUAGAGUUGGAGAGAAUAAGGUAGUAGGUGAAGGGAGCUGUAUGUGGGAGGAGGCAGUGGGAAAGAAUAAGGAGAGGAGAGAAUCGUUUGGACAUUUGGAUGAGAAAAUGUUUGAUUUAAAGGAUGAAAAUGAGAAAAGAAAAGAGAGCAGCGAUAAAAAUGAAACGACAGAGAGCAUUUGGGAUAUUCUGACUAAAGAUGUCCAACAAGGCAAGACGGAGGGAAAGAAAGAUUGCACGGAGGAGAGAGUAACAGAGGAGACUGAGGAUGAAAGGAUGGCGAAGGGGGAUGUAUGUGGAGAAAAAGUAGAUUUGAAAGAGGCUGAAAAAGCAAAAGAGACAGAAAAAGAAGAGAUGGAAGCAGAGAGAACGGAGGAGAUAAUAACCUUAGAUGAGACAAAAGUCCAACAAGAGAAUCCGCCAGAGGCGAACUGGCCAGACAAACAGGAGGGAGAACUGAGACAGGAAGAGGAAAAGAUCAGUGAGAGUCAGGAGGAAUGGGAGACAGCAGCAGAAAGCGAUGAGGAAGAUGAAGAAUUUGACAGAAUAAUCAGCAGCAUGUUGUUGAUGACUUUGGAGGACAUGCAGGGAGAGACAUUAAAGGAUGAAGCCGCAGAGAAUGGGAGAACCGAUGGAGAGCCAGAGGAAGAAGAGACAAAUGUAACAAUAAGGGGAGAAAGCAGAUUCGCGGACAACGUCACGCAAAGCACAGAGGAGACAGGAAGUGCAGAAGAGUCUCAAAGUCGAGGCGACAACGUGAUGCCAGAGUCGGAUGGAGAAUAUGUAACUGAGCAAAUUGGAGGAGAUAUCUCCAGGAAAAAGGAGAGUGGAGACGCUACAGGCGGAAAUGAAAAUGGGCAGCAGGAAAAGGAUACAGAUGCACAAGAAAAUAGAAAUUUUGCAAAAGAAAAUCCUCUACUUAUGGCAAUUGAAGAGACAUUUGAUGCCAAACUGACAUAUAAACAAAUAGUAGUGGAUGACGAUGAAGAAGAGGACAGAGAAGAAGUCUCGACUGAGUGGCAAAUGAUGGCAGAAAGUAAAGAAACGGAUGAAAGACUUGAGGAAACCAAAGAAGAAAAUGCAGCCGACGUGGAGCAGAGCAGCACCUCGUCCCUUCAGGAGGGUUUACUGUCAGCAGAGGAGAUUCAAAUCGGUAGUGACAUGGAGCUUUACAAAACAGUACAGUUUAUAUCAACUCUGCUGGAGAAGAGGUACUCGGCGGUGUCUCUGCGCAGCAUCACCACUGAAGUCCUGAAGGUGCUGAACGCCACUGAGGACCUGCUGCAGGGAGUGGAGGGAGGAGACGACCCCCAACUCUGCACCUCCUCACUGCCCCCCAACACCGACCCCAAGAAACUGGAUCAACAGUUCUCCAGACUGGAGGAGAACGUGUACGUAGCAGCCGGUUCCGUGUACAGUCUGGAGGCGGAGCUGAAUGACCUGGAGGAGUGUGCCAGGGGCAUCUGCAGUGGCACUUCUGAUAUGGAGCUGUCCUUCCUGGAGGAGCAGGUUGCAUCAGCAGCUGCCAAAGUUCAACAGUCUGAGCUACAGAUUUAUGACAUCUCAGCCAGAAUUGCUGCUUUGAAGAGCGCAGGCCUCGAUGUGGACCCUCAGUCACGCACCACUAAGACCAAGACCAUUUCAGUUACGCCUGUCACCCUCGACUCAUCUAGACAGCUGAGAAGGCGAUUACCUGCACCACCAGUCAAAGAAGAAAACGAAACGUAGAUCACGGACCUCGCAGGACCUCCAAGUGCCUUCACCGUCACUCUGCAGCCUACAGGCCAGUCUCAAGUGACCCAUUCGACACCAGUUGCCUUAAUGUCAUUUUUAACUAAACAUGCCUCAAAUAAUUCGUCAGACUAGUACUGUACGUAUUUGGUGGAGUUGUGCUGUAUGUCACUGACUGUUGAAUCACGUGUCAUCGUAUCAAAAUGUAGAUUAAACUACUUUAUUAGACUGAUGAUCAAACCCUCAGCUCACUAAAUGUAAGAACAACAAAAUGACUAACAUUUGAGUUUAGAGAGUUUUUUUAGAUUUCCAAAGCGUGAGAAAACUGGUUAAAUUAUACAGCAUGUAUACAAAACAAUCCUAACAUUUUAAUUUUAACAUCACUAGUCGUCUAUUUUACUUGCUGACGAAUAAAGCUCAACAAAUAGUGUGACUGGAAAGACAGUAAAAAUAUCAGCUGUACAGCUACUGAAGAAAAUAAAAUGAAUGCAGUUUACACUGUUUUACCAUUCUAUCAAAUAUACAGAUUACACAUACAUGGGAACAAUUCGUAGAAAAACGUUGCAAGACUACACCAUGUCUAAAAUAAAUAUAGAUCUGUAUUUUUCUGUGGAUGUUUGUAAUGUUGUAGUAUACAUAUUUGUUUUCUGCCUUCAUUAAGUUCAGAAAAUAAAGGAAAAAUUCUCAAA